AAUAUAAAAUUAAAUUGAAAAAAAAAAUGAAAAAUGAAUUGAAAUGGGGAAUUUAAUGAUGAUUUUAGAAAAGGAAGAAAUUAAGUAUCUUAUUAGGAAGAAAUUAAGUAUAAUUUGAAAGAAAUAAAUUUGCGUACGUUGACCCGUCGGGCCGUGGUCAACGGUCCGGGCCGAUUCCGAUUAGCCCAUGGCAACACUACUUUCAAACACCCCUAUAUAUAUGGCAAGAUAGUGUCUAGCUAACAAUAGUAGUCAAUCAUAUGAGCCAUGGAAUUCUUCUCCACCAUCUACGCCGCCGUUGCCCUCUCUCUCCUAUUCUACUACUACAAACUCUUCUUCAAAUCCUCUAAAAACCCAAAGCAUGCCGCAGCAAGAGCUCCGCCGCAAGCCGGCGGCGCACGCCUCCUCACCGGCCACCUCCACCUCAUGGUGGCCGAGGAGGGCUCCUCCACCAAGCUCCCUCACUUCAACCUCGGCGACCUCGCCGACAAGCACGGCCCGAUCUUCACGAUCCGGCUGGGCGUGCGCCGCGCCGUCGUGGUGAGCAGCCCGGAGCUGGCGAAGGAGCUGUUCACCACCUGCGACACCGCCGUCUCGUCGCGGCCGCUGCUGCGCGGCACCAUGCACCUGAGCUACGACCUCGCGCAGUUCGGGUUCGCCCCCUACGGCCCGUACUGGCGCGAGAUCCGCAAGCUCGUGACCACCGAGCUGCUCUCGGCUCGGCGGCUCGAGCUGCAGCGGAGCGUGCGCGUCGCGGAGACGGCACGCUCCGUGAGGAAGCUCCACGAGGCGUGGGAGGCGGGGAGGGACGGGUCGGGUCGGGUGCUGGUGGACAUGAAGCGGUGGUUCGGGGAGCUGAGUUUGAGCGUGGUGGUGAGGCUGGUGGCGGGCAGGGGGAUCGGCGGCGGGGGUGACGCCGAUACGGCGGAGACGAGGCGGUGGCGGGAGGUGAUGAGGGACUUCUUUUACUUGGCGGGGCUGUUUGUGCCGGGCGAUGCGCUGCCGUAUCUCGGGUGGCUGGAUAUUGGUGGGUAUGAGAAGAGGAUGAAGCAGACUGCUAAGGAGUUUGAUGGGAUUGUCGAGGAGUGGGUGGCGGACCGUCGCGGAAAGGAAUAUUCCGGCGAGAAGGAUUUCAUAGAUGUGAUGCUCUCAGUUUUGCAGGGUGCAAAGCUUCCAUAUGAUGUGCAUACCGUCACCAAAGCUACGAGCCAGGUUUUGAUCGCGGGUGGAACGGACACAACUACGGUUGUGCUAGUAUGGGCGGUCUCCCUCCUCUUGAACAAUCGUGGCGUCUUGAAAAAGGCUCAAGAAGAGCUCGACAAACACGUCGGGAGAGAGAGACGAGUGGAGGAAUCCGAUAUAAAAAACCUCGUCUAUCUCGAAGCCAUUGUGAAAGAGACUCUGAGGCUGUACCCCGCGGGCCCCUUAGGCGGGAUCCGCGAGUUUACGAAAGAGUGCAACGUGGGAGGCUACCAUGUGCCUAAAGGGACUUGGCUGAUCGUGAACUUGUGGAAGCUGCACCGUGAUCCACGGGCGUGGCCGGGGGAUCCGUCAGAGUUUAGGCCGGAGAGGUUUCUUGAUUUCAAAGGUCAAGAUUUCGAGUUCAUCCCGUUUGGCGGGGGCAGGCGGAUCUGCCCUGGGGCCAACUUUGGGAUGCAUAUGUUGCACUUGGUGUUGGCUAACUUAUUGCAAGCAUUUGAGCUCUCAACGGUUUGUGAUGAAGGGGUUGAUAUGAGUGAGAGUGCUGGAAUGACAAACCUUAAGGCCACACCACUUGAUAUUCUCGUAGCCCCAAGGCUAUCGCCAACUCUUUAUUAAGAAUGGUGUGUUAUUUUAAAAAUUUCCUUAUAGUAUUUCGAUAUAUCUAUGUAUGAUGCUCGUAUCAUGUUGUAUUAUAGGCCUCGUUUGCUAUGUAUGAUAACUAUGGAAUAAAUAUUUAAAAUAUUGUAAUA